AGGGGCGGGCGCGGGCGGGCGGGGGGCGGGCUCCCGGGCUCCCCUCCUCCCCAGCCCGCUCGUCUCGCUCGCUCGCCAACUCCGGGCCCCAGCCGCGGGCGGGCGGACGGCGGGCGGACAGCAUGCUGAGCCUCCUCGUUUGGAUCCUCACUCUCUCCGAUACUUUCUCCCAAGGGACCCAGACCCGCUUCAGCCAGGAGCCAGCCGACCAGACUGUGGUGGCUGGACAGCGGGCCGUGCUCCCCUGCGUGCUGCUCAACUACUCGGGGAUCGUGCAAUGGACCAAGGAUGGGCUGGCGCUGGGCAUGGGCCAGGGCCUCAAAGCCUGGCCACGGUACCGGGUCGUGGGCUCUGCAGAUGCUGGGCAGUACAACCUGGAGAUCACAGAUGCCGAACUCUCUGACGACGCCUCUUACGAGUGCCAGGCCACGGAGGCCGCCCUGCGCUCUCGGCGAGCGAAACUCACCGUGCUCAUCCCCCCGGAGGAUACCAGGAUUGAUGGCGGUCCUGUGAUUCUGCUGCAGGCAGGCGCCCCCCACAACCUCACGUGCCGAGCCUUCAAUGCCAAGCCUGCUGCCACCAUCAUCUGGUUCCGGGAUGGGACGCAGCAGGAGGGCGCCGUAGCCAGCACGGAACUGCUGAAGGAUGGGAAGAGGGAGACCACCAUCAGCCAGCUGCUCAUCAACCCCACAGACCUGGAUAUUGGGCGUGUCUUCACCUGCCGCAGCGUGAACGAGGCCAUCCCGAGUGGCAAGGAGACGUCCAUCGAGCUCGACGUGCACCACCCUCCUACGGUGACCCUGUCCAUUGAGCCACAGACGGUGCAGGAGGGCGAGCGCGUCGUCUUUACGUGCCAGGCCACAGCCAACCCUGAGAUCCUGGGCUACAGGUGGGCCAAGGGGGGCUUUCUGAUCGAAGACGCCCACGAGAGUCGCUAUGAGACGAAUGUUGAUUAUUCCUUCUUCACGGAGCCUGUGUCCUGUGAGGUUUACAACAAAGUGGGAAGCACCAAUGUCAGCACUUUAGUCAAUGUCCACUUUGCCCCCCGGAUUGUAGUGGACCCCAAACCCACAACCACGGACAUUGGCUCUGAUGUGACCCUCACCUGUGUCUGGGUUGGGAAUCCCCCGCUCACCCUCACCUGGACCAAAAAGGACUCAAACAUGGGGCCCAGGCCUCCUGGCUCCCCACCCGAGGCUGCUCUCUCUGCCCAGGUCCUGAGUAACAGCAACCAGCUGCUGCUGAAGUCUGUGACCCAGGCCGAUGCCGGCACCUAUACCUGCCGGGCCAUCGUGCCUCGGAUCGGAGUGGCCGAGCGGGAGGUGCCACUUUAUGUGAAUGGGCCCCCCAUUAUCUCCAGCGAGGCCGUGCAGUAUGCCGUCCGGGGUGAUGGUGGCAAGGUGGAGUGUUUCAUCGGGAGCACACCACCCCCGGACCGCAUUGCAUGGGCAUGGAAGGAGAACUUCCUGGAGGUGGGGACCCUGGAACGCUACACGGUGGAGAGGACCAAUUCAGGCAGCGGGGUCCUGUCCACGCUCACCAUCAACAACGUCAUGGAGGCCGACUUUCAGACCCACUACAACUGCACAGCCUGGAACAGCUUCGGCCCAGGCACAGCCAUCAUCCAGCUGGAAGAGCGAGAGGUGUUACCUGUGGGCAUCAUCGCCGGGGCCACCAUCGGCGCAGGCAUCCUGCUCAUCUUCUUCUUCAUCGCCCUGGUGUUCUUCCUCUACCGGCGCCGCAAAGGCAGUCGCAAAGACGUGACCCUGAGAAAGCUGGACAUCAAGGUGGAAACAGUGAACCGGGAGCCACUCACGAUGCAUUCUGACCGGGAGGACGAUGCUGCCAGCGUCUCCACGGCAACCCGUGUCAUGAAGGCCAUCUACUCGUCCUUCAAGGAUGACGUGGACCUGAAGCAGGACCUGCGCUGUGACAGCAUCGACACCCGGGAGGAGUAUGAGAUGAAGGAUCCCACCAAUGGCUACUACAAUGUGCGUGCCCACGAAGACCGCCCGUCUUCCAGGGCAGUGCUCUAUGCUGACUACCGUGCCCCCGGCCCUGCCCGCUUCGACGGCCGCCCCUCUUCCCGCCUCUCCCACUCCAGCGGCUAUGCCCAGCUCAACACCUACAGCCGGGCCCCGGCCUCUGACUACGGCCCUGAGCCCACACCCCCAGGUCCUGCUGCCCCAACUGGCACCGACACCACCAGCCAGCUGUCCUACGAGAACUAUGAGAAGUUCAAUUCCCAUCCCUUCCCCGGGGCAGCAGGGUACCCCACCUACCGACUGGGCUACCCCCAGGCCCCUCCGUCCGGCCUGGAGCGGACCCCGUAUGAGGCAUAUGACCCCAUUGGCAAGUACGCCACUGCCACGCGGUUCUCCUACACCUCCCAGCACUCGGACUACGGCCAGAGGUUCCAGCAGCGCAUGCAGACGCACGUGUAGGGCUAGAGCCUGGCCGGGGCAUCUCUGCGGGGCAGAGGAGAAGGCUCUCACAGCUGUUCCCUGAUAUUCAGGGGCAUUGCUCGUUGUUGCUCCCGUCCUGGACCAGCCUUCCUCCUCCCACCGUGGCAGGCAGGGAGCAGGUCUCCCGGAAACACCCCGUCCCGAGGAUGGUGCUCUGUGCAUGCCCCAGCCUCCUGGGCCUGCCCUUCCCUCUUCUUCGGGAGGAUGUGUCUCUUCUGAUCUGCACUCUCGCCUGGCCCCAGCCUGGGGACGGGGAAAGUGAAGGUUGCGGAGAGCAGAGGGGGCACUUUUUAGCAUUCCCUUUCUAUCCCACCCCUCUGAUCUCCCGUGAGUAGACAGGGGGUCAUGUGGAGAUGAACAGGCUUUGGCCCAGGGGGCAUGAAGUGUAGGGGUGGGUGGCUCUGGUACAGAUAGGUGGAAGUGGGACCGCCUGGCCAGUCCAUCUGUUGUCUGCGUUCAUACCUUGGAUGCAUCUCUCCCUCCUUGGGACUGCAGAAAGGACCUUGGAUUUAUUUAGUCCUGGCACCGAGUUCAGAUCCAGCCCUCCUUCAGCUGGGAGUAAAGUGCCAGUCAUCCUGGUUGCCCAUGGGGACACCCGUCUGCCUGCCUGCAGAGGGAUCCAGGUAUGUCCCGUAGUGCUGCCCCCUUUGCUUCUCCUCUGUGCUGGGCCGGCCAGAUAAGCCAGGGGGUCGUGAUGGAGAAGGAAAUGUCAGGAACCAUGUCCUGAGUCACUAGCCAGACAGCAGUGUGCUAUAUAGCAGUUUCCAGAACCCACGCUAGAGUGAGCCCCCCGCAAGCCCCCUCCCCUCCCCAGUCUGCCCCACUUCCUGGCUUUAACUCUCUAGCAUGCCUGGGGAGUGGUGGGGUGAGGGUGGGAGUGCGAUAGGCUAAUUUUCAAAGACAACAAAAAACAAUAAACACCUCAUUUGGAGAAAAAAAGCAAAAAAGCUGUAGGGAGUCCCCCACCCAAGUACAAGUCCCAGUGGAAAGGAAAGGGGGCAUCUGUUCUUCAUCAGAUUCCCAACAUCUUCCAUUACUCUUUCAAUCUCGAAGCACUUUGAAUCCAUUUUUAAACAUUCAGGCGGUGAGACCUGUCAUCCGAUGGGCCCUGAUAGGACAGGGAGGGGCCUGGCUGUCAGGCUCUGCUGUCCCACCCUAGGGCCAACCAGCUGGUUAGAGAGGCCACCUUCCCGGGGGCAUGGGAGAUGUUCUCUUUAGACGGGUUUUCGUUUGUUAAGUGUCUGUUUUUUUCUUGGACCAAUCAGAUUCCUUCUUCCAGUUUCAGUGCCUUGAGUGUCCAGCUUUGGUUGACCGGCCCUGGGUGGGUGGCUGCACAGGGAGCAGGUUUUGUGAGCGCAAACUCACUGCCAAGUGUUGCAGAGUUUAGGGGACAGACGGGUGAGGGGCCCUGGUAAGAGGAAGGGCGGACCUAGUAAGGUCACGCGGAAGGGCACUGCAGGCAGCCACGGCCCAGGCGGCCCCCCACGCCCACCCUCACCUCCAUCUACACACGUGCACACACGCCUGCACAUGCAUUCCACAUUCUCAGCCGCCACCUUCUGACCAAAGAGAACCGGCGCUCCAAAGAGAACUCACUCCCCUGCCCCGGCCUCCCCUUUCCACGAAGCAGGGUCUGCUCUUCCCCUUGCUGGGCCCUGAGCCGGCAGGUCCUCUGUUGCAAUCCCCAGAAUGCGCUUUGCCCUUUCUCGUGGUCGCCGUUCAUUAGUCAUGUUCGCUUUAAUGAGUUACAUGCCCAUCAGUCACGGGCCAUCGCCACCUUUGCGGAUGGCUCUGUGGGGUGACAUUCCUCGCCAUCCCUUGGCUGGUAAGGACCUGCUCGUACCCAGGAAGAAAGUAGUUCUAGUUCCAGCCUCUCAAACUGCCUCUGCAUCCUCCUCCACUUCACCGGGGGCAAGUCCCAAGGACCGGUCCUUACAGAGGCAUCAUACAGGCUCCCAGCGCUAUGCUAUUCCACCCUCACCCCUGGAAGCUGACUCCUUCCUGUGGAUUCCUUUUCUGUGAGCUCAGUGACAAGGUCUGUUAAGGAUGCAGGUUCCUGUGCAAAUUCAUGCAUAUUUUGAUGAUUUUCACAGAAGCCAUGGGUAAUCUAAACAGUUAAAAUCUAAAGAGGGUGGCUUUUAAAACAGGAAUAUUCCAAAAGACAUUUACUUUUGUUAGGGGUUUGGCCACAUUCGCUUGUUUACUCCUUUUUGGUUUUAGUGCUGGGUCCAUUCUGUUGAUGGAGAGGAGGAGGCCCUGAGGUCACUCGGUAACUCAGCUGACACUGCAGGAACCAUGGGUUUUGGAAGCCAGAUACAGAGCUACUUCCCUGUUCGCUGUUCCUUAACACGUUACAGUACCUGGGUAUCAAGCAAGCACCGUGCAAGGCACAGGGAGAUGUCAGCAACCAAGGCCAUCUCUGCCCUCUGCAACUUGCACUCUGGUCUGACCAGAAUCUGAAUUGGGACCGACCUGUUAAGCCAGUGGAAUUGCUUUUCUGGGGAGUGGCAGGCGCCCUUGAGCAUGGAGGGUUGCUGUCUGAGGCUGGAGUCCCCCAGCAUGGUGCCUCAGUACUUGAUGUGGUCACUUUGGUGAUCCUGACUGCCUUGGCCAUUUUAGUUUUGGUGGGAAGAGCAAGGGGUCAGGAGACGUGGGACCCAGUUCUGAAGCUGCCAUUUACUGAGUGACCUUGGCCUAACCUCUUUAGGUUCAUUGUCCCCUAUUUUCUGGUCUUUAAGAUGAGGAGGGGGGAGAGUUGCACAAACCUCGAGUUAUCCUGCUCUUGCUGCAUUCAUUUGGUGAGGUGGAAGGGCCUGCCAUCCCUAGCAAGGAUUUGGGAACAGUGACUGAGCAGUGGAGGGAUGGGAGAAUUGAAAGGUUCUCCUAUCUUGAAAGAAGCUUUCACUGUGGGCUUCAUCAACUUGUCAGAAGUGUUGUGAAUGAAUUUCCACUAGAAACCCCUUAAUCCCAAACAGCAACAAAAAGCAUAUCCUAAACCUCAGUGAAAUUGAUGUGGGUUAUCCUUUGGCCAUUGUGCUGCCCCCCACUCAGA